CAGCAAGACAGGACAAGGCGAAGAGAUAAAGCGAGAUAGUCAAAGCGAACGACACGAACAAACGAAACUCGAUUCGACUUGGAAGAAACGAUGUCCGAAGGUCUCACCCGCCGACGAGGCGCCCAACCGACCCCUUCCGGCAGUUCCACCCCGCCUGCCAACUCUUCCCAGCCAACCACCCCCAACCCAGGCUCUUCAUCCCAUAACAACCCGCGUGGGUCCCUCUCCUUACCAGGUAAUCCUUCAGCGGGUUCAUCUUCGACAAGCGGAGGGGUGGAAGGACGGUCCAAGAUCGCCUUUGACCCCAGGGAUUAUGAGAACGGGUCGAUGGGUGGGGAGAGGGAGAGGAUGCCGAGGUUGACGGUUAUGGAGGAGGUGUUGUUGUUGGGGUUGAAGGACAAGCAGGGCUACCUAUCCUUCUGGAACGACAACAUCUCGUACGCCCUGCGCGGAUGUAUCAUCCUCGAACUCGCCCUCCGUCGCCGAAUAGCCGUCGUCAAGGACCCUUCCCGUAAACGCUUGCCCCUGCCAGACAGGCUGAUCGAGGUCAUCGAUGAGAGACAGACGGGGGAGACGAUCUUGGACGAGGCGUUGAAGAUGAUGAAGACGAGCGAAAAGUAUGGGACGGGCGCUUGGAUCGAUUUGAUGAGCGGCGAGACGUGGAACGUGAUGAAGAUCGGCUACCAGCUCAAACAGGUCCGAGAACGACUCGCCAAGGGUCUCGUCGACAAGGGCGUCCUACGGACCGAGAAGCGCAACUUUUUGCUGUUCGACAUGGCCACCCACCCGAUCGCCGACCUGAACGCCAAGGAGGACGUCCUCCGUCGGACCUUGGCGCUGUUGACGGCGAGGACGACGGCGAUCCCGCCCGCAGCGUUGCACAAGGAGAACGUCCAGUACAGGUGCAUGAGGGCCGUCGCGCUCGUCUCGGCCGCGUACGCUGCCAAUGUCCUUGAGAACGCCUUGCAGAGGUUGAACUAUGACGCGCGGGAAGCGGCGUUUGCGAGGUGCGACGACAUUUUGGCCGAGUUCUCCCAGUGGCCGUUUGGAGCUGGGACCUCGUCCUCGUCCGGACCCGUCAACAUCGGUGGGGGGCCGAGCAAGAAGGACGGGAUCUUGACCAGUCUCGCCGGGGGGUCCGGUGGGCAGGGAAGGGAGAGCGUGGCAGAGCUCGUCAGGGAGGUCAGGAAGGAGAUGCAACCCGGUGCAGGCGAGGACGGCGAGGACCUGUGUUUCGAGGUCGUCGCGACCGUCAUGAACGUCAUGUCCAACAUGGACGCGUUGUAAGGAGGUCGGCCAUGGGGAUUCAAGGUGGGUUGCGGACAAGGUCGGGGAGGUGGAUUUCGGGUUGGGAUCCGGCGCUGAUAUUCAGGUGUCGUCUACAGCGGACUUUCGUCUCGC